AAAAAAAAAAAAACACAAAAAACGAAGAACAAGGAGCAAAAACAACAACAAGGCGAACAGCAGCUACAGCGGAAAUUGCAUGUUUAGCAACAGCAACAACGGCAACAGUAGCAGUAACAACAAAAGCAACAGCAACAACAACAAUAAUACGAACAGGAGCAGGAGCAGGAAACAGGCCAAGUCUUCAACAGUAGCAGACUGUGCAAACGCACUUAGCACGUGACACGGACGCGCGAGAACAUCGUGUAAGCUCUUUGCACACUAAUAGACGCCAUUUUGUAACGGUAAUUGGCGCCGCACACGUGAGCCGCCAACACUCAGAUAGAAGAGCGACCCCCCAAAGCCGGCCAGGUCCACUUAAAGUACCAUUUUUGUAACCGACAUUCCUCCAACAUGGCCGUCAGCAACAUUGUCUGUGAGUGGCUGCGAGCAUUGGGUCUUGCCCAAUAUGCCGAAAGUUUCCUCGACAAUGGCUACGACGAUUUGGAAAUUUGCAAACAAGUUGGUGACCCCGACCUCGAUGCGAUUGGUGUGGAGAAUCCCGCACAUCGACACAAGCUGCUAAAGAGUGUGCGCUCUUUGCGUGAGAAGGGCGCCGCUUCGGUGUAUUUCAUGCUCAACGAUCCGAAUUCGUUAUCGGGCAGCAUGGAGAUUUUAUGCGAGACCCCACCAAGCAAUGAACUGGAGUUGGUGCUGCGCGAACAGCUGGAGACGGAUGGCGUGCGUUUGACAGCGCAUCCAUAUUCGACACCGGAUGGACAACGCGGUCAUUUAGAGGGUCUAGCAUCCGUCUAUUGUGAAUUGUUAAUGGCUCCCUUCGGAGAUAUUUUAAGUGCUUUAGAAAAUGCUAGACAAGCGGCAUGGGCGGAACGCAGUCCGCUCAACCCUGCCGGUGGCAGUAGCGGCGGCAGUGGCGGCAGCGGCAGUGCCUUCAGCGGCAUCGGUGGCGGUGGCGGGGGCAUCAUUGCUGCCCAUCGCCAACAGCAUGGCCAUCGCGGCCAUUCCAGUCAUGGCGCCGGCCUGCCCAAUAGUCAUAGUCAACCCAUUUAUGUGCCAGGAAAGUACUCGCCCUCCAGUUGCUUGUCAGACAAGGAGGAGGAUGAGAUCUACGGCUUUGGCUAUGGCGUCUUUGCGCCGCGUGUGGCACGUGGCGCGUUAACGCAACAACAACAGCUGCUGCAACAACAGACAUUGCAAACGCAGCAAAGCAUACACCAACAGCAGCAACAUCAGCUGCAGCAACAACAACAACAGCAGCAGCAACAACUACCAAUUGUGCCAGGACAACAGGCGACGGCGUCAGGGAUGCAAAUGCCCGGCGCUAGCAUCGUAGGUCCACACCAACAGCAUCAAACCCUCCCGCCAAACGUAGCGCAUUUAAAUUUUGUGCAACAAAACUGUCUGAGUCCACGCUCCGCAUAUUUUUAUGAAUUUCCACCGACUGCAGAAGGUCGCGAGACGAAGAAACGGACAACAUUGGCGCGUCUGUUGAAAGGCUUGAAAACUGUAAAUCGGCGGGAUCGCAACAAUCAACAGAAUGGUGCACAGGCCAGGGCGGCCAAUGAUCGCCUGCGACACUUUCAAAUGAUAAAUGGCGGAGCCGCCGGCUUGCCACAACAAAGUUUCGAGGAGACAAUCCAUAGGUUAAAAGUACAAGAAGCAAUGCGAAAAAAGGAGAAAUUUCAACGUGAACACGAGGAGAUUUUACGCGACAUACGCCAGGGCCUGUUGCAGAUGAGUCGGGGUGAGGGACGCAUGGUCUAUCCAUUUGCAGACGACACUUAUAUGUAUGACGAUGCCAUACGAGGUGGUGCUCACUAUGCGGUUAGUGCUCUGCAUCAUCAAGGUCACUGGUACGACGAACCGCCCUACGAAAGCGAUCCGGAUGAUUUUCUAAUGGCAGGCUUGAAUUGUGGACCGGCUGCUACCAUUCAGGGUGGCCGGGUGCGCUUUUCCACGAAUCGCGAGAGUACUGGCGUAAUUUCAUUAAGAUCCGCCGGAGAUAUUUCACUGCCACAACGCGGACCACCUCGACGUGGGCUUAUCGUGCCACAGCAGCCGCCAAAUCCACCGACAAUAAUACCGUUAACGCAUGCCAGAUCACAUGAUCGUGAAAGCGGCGACUAUGCGGGCUCCAUUUCGGAUUUACAAAGCGUUACCUCACGACUAAGCGCCGUUUCGAUUGGCACCAACAAUUGCACGGCACGCUAUCGGACCCUAAGCGGCGGUAUCGGGGAGUCGCCAUCGCUGUCGCCAAGUCCAUCAUCCGAUUACGAGGACAUUGGCGCCACACGCGGCUUGCCGCCAAGUCUGGCUGCUAAGGCCAAAAAGAAUGGAUUGCCCCACAAGGCGAACACGAUAUGUCAGAAGGCUACGGUGCAUCAUUCGGGCGAAAUGCGUAGCUCACCAAAGGAAAUUGGCGCAUUUAAUGAGAAUGGACGAAACUUUGUUGCCACAAAGGAUACAUCAAGGGAUUUCAGCAAUUCCCAAGAUAAUACCGACCGUGGCAGCAUGAGCGAUCAGGCGUUUGCAUGUUCCGCCAGUUCCGUCGAAAGUUUACCCAGCGCUUCCGGUUCAAGCACUCAAGCCCUGGUGCGUCCUGGCAGCCCGCACAGCUCCAUUUCUGCCGAAGAUCGCACAUCGUUAGCCACAAUUUGCAAAGCCAAAGCACUUGUCGAUAGCCUGCCAAAUCCGUACGACAAAGAGGCGCUUAAAUUUAAGAAGGGCGAACUCAUCGACGUGCUGUCCAUGAAUGCUUCGGGCAUUUGGAAGGGCCGUUGCCAUGGACGCGUCGGGCACUUUAAGUUUAUUAACGUGGAGGUGUUGCCCGAGCAGCGCAUGAAGAACUCGAGCAGCAAAACGCUGGCCCCGAUUUCACGGCUGGGCAACAAUAUUGGCGGCAGUAACAACAUGGGCAGCAGCAACAACGGACCGAACUCUGUGGAGGAUCUACUGGUGCGCAUUGGACUUAAGGAAUACACCUCGGUGUUCGUGCUCAACGGCUACGAGGAUCUGGAACUGUUCAAGGAACUCGAGCCGGCCGACCUCGACUAUCUGGGCAUUGUGAAUCAGGAGCAUCGUGCUAAGCUACUAACCGCCGUGCAAUUGCUCCAUGACAUCGAAUGCUCUGACGUGGACAUUGCCGGCUCCAGUUCGGAGAACGACGAGGCCCGCCUGAACAACAUUAAUAAGAAACAUGGAGCCUCCCCCUUCGGACGUCGUCACUUCCCACGCGACUCCGGCUGCUACGAGGGCUCCCCCCUGCCUAGCUCGCAGACUCCCACCCAAGCAGUGAACUCCACAGAUGAAUCGAACAGUCUGGACGAUGUCGUCUCCAAGUGCUCCAGCGAAAUUAUGAAGCGCGUCGAGAGCGCGCGUCGUCAGAAAGAUAAUCCGUUCAAGGCCACGCUGCCGGCCCGUGUCGGCAAAAAGUCCUUUCUUGGCGGCAGCGGACUUAUGGGCGACGAUACGCUCACACGUGGCGGACUCAGUGAGAAGUCAAGUGAUUCGGGCGUCAGCAGCAGUUCGCUAUCGUCGGGUCCGUUGAAGAGCAGCACUUAACAUUUGCCGACCAUACUUGCCCACGAGUUGCUGCUCGGCGUCGGUCUGGGCAGCAACGGU